GCGAGCGUCUCAGACUCCUCCGGCGCGAGCGGCUACGUGACCGACGACGUCAGGCGCGUGGAGUUUUUUUUCUUUUUUCUUGCGGAAGUGCUCUGAGGGGAAUGUCGGCUCGGUUUCUGCAGCAGCGCUGAACUGCGAUAUCACCAUGGCACAGCAGAAGAAUCUCGAGGGAUACGUCGGCUUCGCCAGCCUUCCCAACCAGGUCUACAGGAAGUCUGUGAAACGGGGCUUCGAGUUCACACUAAUGGUUGUGGGUGAAUCAGGCUUGGGCAAGUCCACGAUGAUCAACUCUCUCUUCCUCACCGACCUGUACUCCUCAGAACACCCGGGCCCGUCACACCGAGUCAAGAAGACCGUGCAGGUGGAGCAUUCUAAAGUGUUGAUGAAGGAGGGCGGUGUUCAGCUGCUGCUCACGAUGGUGGACACCCCGGGGUUUGGAGACGCUGUGGAUAACAGUAACUGCUGGCAGCCGGUCAUCGAUCACAUCGACAGCAAGUUUGAGGAUUACCUGAACGCAGAGUCACGCGUCAACAGGAGACAGAUGCCCGACAACAGAGUUCACUGCUGCCUGUACUUCAUCGCUCCCUCAGGACACGGGUUGAAGCCGCUGGAUAUCGAGUUCAUGAAACGGCUGCACGAGAAGGUCAACAUCAUCCCUCUGAUCGGCAAGGCAGAUACCCUCACCCCUGAAGAGUGCCAACAGUUUAAGAAACAGGUCAUGAGAGAAAUCCAGGAGCAUAAAAUCAAAAUCUACGAGUUCCCAGAGACCGACGACGAAGAGGAGAACAAGCUUGUGAAGAAGAUCAAAGAUCGUCUUCCUCUGGCGGUCGUCGGCAGUAACACCAUCAUCGAAGUGAACGGGAAGAAGGCUAGAGGGAGGCAGUACCCAUGGGGCGUGGCAGAAGUGGAAAAUGCAGACCACUGUGAUUUUACCAUUUUGCGGAACAUGCUCAUCAGGACUCACAUGCAGGACCUUAAGGACGUCACCAACAACGUCCACUACGAGAACUACAGGAGCAGGAAGCUGGCGGCCGUCACCUGCAACGGGAUGGACAACAACAAGACCAAAGGGCAGCUCACCAAAGCUGACUCGGUCGAUGGCAUGAGCCCUCUGGCGCAGAUGGAGGAGGAAAGGCGAGAGCAUGUGGCCAAGAUGAAGAAGAUGGAGAUGGAGAUGGAGCAAGUGUUUGAGAUGAAAGUCAAGGAGAAGGUCCAGAAGCUCAAAGACUCUGAGGCAGAGCUGCAGCGGCGUCACGAGCAGAUGAAGAAGAACCUGGAGGCUCAGCACAAGGAGCUGGAGGAAAGAAGACGUCAGUUCGAGGAAGAGAGAAUGAACUGGGAGGCCCAGCAGCGCCUCCUGGAGCAGCAGAAACUCGACGCCUCCAGGACUUUGGAAAAGAAAGCGAAAAAAGGGAAGAUAUUUUAAAAGCCGGUCGUUUGUUCGUCGCCACUUCCUCCCCGAACUCCUGAUAUCCGCCAUGAACGCCACAUUCGGCUCACAGCUGGACGCGCAUACACAGCUGGGUGUGGACUUACAGCCAAACCCUUAUAAAAGUGUACACACACACAUGCCAAAUUCUAUACUCUGAUAGUUUUGUACCACCUGAGCUCCGAUGUCCUAAAUGGUUUUCUGUGAUCUCAUCAUUUUCUACCACAGUAUGGAGAAAGAAAGAAAAAAAAAAGUUAGCAAAGGGCAACAUAGUCACAUGGAGUGAACCUCGAACCCAGGCCACUCUGAGGCCUUUAAUCCCAACCUUCUAAAUUCUCAGACCACUUCAUUAUAGCUUUCAUUAAUAUUAAUAUUUCAGCUAGUUUAUUUUUAUAUUAUAUAUAUAUGUAUGUAUGUUUGUGUAUCCCGGAGCCAGUUAAAAUCCGAUUAUUUUUUUUUUUGUUUGUUUGUUUUGCUUCCCUUCAAUGUGUGAUUACUCAGACGGUUUUUUUUUAACGAUUUGAGCUAGUCUAACAUGACCCGAUGUAUUCUACUGGGGGGAAAAAAUUACGCAUUUUCCUCCCUGUUGGUUAUAUGUAUUCAUUUUGUGUUUGUUUUUUUUUUUCUUUCAGUUUUUUAUUUUGCAUUUGUUAUUGUACAGUCACUUAAUAAUAAAUGUGUGAUACGGA